AGAGGAAAAGGGAGAAUGAAGAAUGAGGAGGAGGAUGAGCCGCUCAGCCCGCUGGCGCGUGUAUUCCAGUCGCCAGCCAUAGACUUGUGUAAUAUCGUCGUCGUUGGUCUCAAAACCAAAAUUAAUCCUGACGUUGUUCUUGAUGCAUUGAAACAUAAUGUCUACAAGCAUCCUCGUUUCUCAAGCAAACUGUCUGAAAAUGGUGCAAAAUGGAUCAAGACCGAAGUCAAUGUAGAAGAUCAUGUAAUUGUACCAUACGUAGAUCCAGCAGAGAUAUGUGAAGGUGGACAAAGCUUCGUCGACGAUUAUAUCUCACGUCUCACAAUGAUUCCUCUUGAUAGAUCAAGACCUUUGUGGGACAUUCACAUCCUUAACGUCAAAACCUCUGAUGCUGAAGCAGUCGGUGUAAUAAGAUCUCACCAUUCGUUGGGGGAUGGAAUGUCCAUCAUUUCUCUCAUGCUCGCAUGUACCCAUAAAACAUCAAAUCCAGACAUGUUGUCUACUGCUAUUCCUCCAAUGAAACGGCGAAGCACAGUGUCGCAUAGCCUUGAAAGAAAUGGCUGGUUCUUAAGGGUAAUAUUCACCAUUGGUUCUACAAUGAGACUGAUUUGGAAUACAAUCGUAGAUAUGCUCUUGCUUGCUGCGACAGUGUUGUUUUUGAAGGAUACAAAGACGCCGAUGAAAGGCAAUGCAAAUGUCAGGAGAAAUCCAAGGAGAUUUUACCACCGAACUAUCUCUCUAGAUGACAUUAAACUUAUCAAGAACGCUAUGAACAUGGUACGUUUUGAUUUAUGUUCAUAACACACUUGAGGAUUUCUCUUACCUUUUCGAAUGGAUCUUUCUAUUAAUCUAGUAUGUGGUAUAUAUACAUAUGCUGUUAUUAGACUAUCAACGAUGUUCUACUCGGGAUAACACAAGCCGCUCUUUCUAGCUAUAUGAAACGACAAUAUGGUAAACAUUAAAUUCAAUAUAUCUUAUAUAAUAUGAUUUCUCAACUUUUGCUAAAAAGAUGACACUU